GUGUAACCUUUGACAUGUGAAUCGGAGGACACUCCACCUGCGACCACGGUAAAGUCUUGUAUGAUCGGGCAAUAAGGCAAGAAAUCGCUGCUUUGUCGAUGGCGAAUGUAAAACAGUAGAAGUCAGUAUCGGAUGAGAUGGUCCAACUCGAGACGGGGAUGAAAAGGAGGGUAGAUACACGUGACCCGAGCUCCGAGCUCCGAUGAUCUAGCCUGAAUAGGAAACUACAAUCAAGCCUCCACGAAAUCUCUAAGACACGAUCAAUCCUUCAAUACGAAGCUCUGAUUUGCCCAGAGCAUUCUUUGUAUGAACCAAAUCCUCCUGUUUGCUCGGACGGUACUCAGACCAGCACAAUUCACUGGAAAAUCCCUUGUCCGCACCAUGGCUACAACCAUCAACAUGCCACGUGAUCCUUGCACUCUCAGCAACUACAACAACUGGAGGACAAAGCAUACCGUUGCCGAAUUCGCCAUCGACUUCAAGAAACAAAGGUUGACUGGCUCAGUCACCCUUCAGCUAGAGUCCAUCACCGAGAAGGAGUCAGAAGAGAUCAUCCUCGAUACCAGCUACCUCGAUAUCACCGAGAUCAGUGUCAAUGGCAGCAAGACCAAGGAUUGGGUUGUCAAAGACCGCCUCGAACCCUAUGGAUCUCCCUUGUCCGUAAAGUUGCCAGGAGGAGCAGCAAAGUGUUCGACUGUCGAUGUCAAGAUUGCAUUGUCCACCACCGAGAAAUGUACUUCUCUGCAAUGGCUACCUCCAGCGCAGACCUCCAACAAGAAGUUCCCUUACAUGUUCUCUCAAAGUCAGGCGAAUCACAAUAGGUCUAUCUUCCCAUGUCAAGAUACUCCGGACGUCAAGAGCACGUACGAUUUCCGCAUCAGAUCUCCUCUCCCUGUCAUUGCAAGUGGAUUAUCCACAGGUGCAACCAAGUAUGAGCAUGGGAAAGAUGGGGCAUCCGGAAGCUUGCUGUACUCUUUCCACCAAGAGAUCCCGAUCCCGUCGUACCUAUUUGCUCUCGCUUCGGGAGAUAUUGCUACUGCGUCCAUUGGUUCUCGAUCCCUUGUUUCUACCGGACCUGAAGAGUUGUUGGCUGCGAAGUGGGAACUCGAGGAAGACAUGGAGAAAUUCCUUGACAUUGCUGAGAAGCUGGUUUUCCCGUACCAAUGGACGCAAUACAACGUCUUGAUUCUCCCACCGUCUUUUCCAUAUGGGGGAAUGGAGAAUCCGAUAUUCACUUUUGCAACGCCCACGAUUAUCAGUGGUGACAGGCAAAAUAUAGAUGUGAUUGCUCAUGAAUUGAGCCACAGUUGGAGUGGCAAUCUUGUGACAAAUGCAAGCUGGGAGCAUAUGUGGGUAAAUGAGGGGUGGACAACAUAUCUGGAACGCCGGAUCCAAGCUGAGCUUCACGGUGAACCACAUCGAGAUUUUUCCGCCAUCAUUGGAUGGAAGGCUCUUGAGGAUUCCGUCAAUUCAUAUGGCCAUGAUCAUGAAUUCACUAAGCUGGUCCUGGAUCUCAAAGGCAAAGACCCUGAUGAUUCUUUCAGCAGCAUCCCAUACGAAAAGGGAUUCCAUCUUCUGUACUAUCUCGAGAAGGUGGUUGGCAAGCCAGCAUUCGACAAGUUCAUCCCUCACUACUUCAAGAAAUGGUCUCGCAAAUCUCUUGACUCGUAUGACUUCAAGGCCACCUUCCUAGACUUCUUUUCAUCAGACAAAGAAGCCUCCAAAGCUCUUGAGGAAGUAGACUGGAACUCUUGGUUUUAUAAGCCCGGCUUACCUCCGAAACCAAAGUUCGACACAAGCAUGGCAGAUGUCUGCUAUGCUCUGGCUGACAAAUGGGAAACUAAGGACUACUCGCCAAGCGCAUCAGAUAUCAAAGGCUGGACCUCGAAUCAAGUCGUCGUCUUUCUUGAGAAGAUCCAAAGUUGGAAGACUCCUCUCGCUGCCACCCAAUCUCAAGCAAUGGGUAAGACCUACUCAUUCGCCACAUCCAAAAACGUAGAAAUCAGCUCGAGGUAUUUCGGGGUCGGCCUAGCAGCCAAGGACGAGACGGUCUAUCAACCAACAGCAGAUCUUCUCGGUAAGGUUGGACGAAUGAAGUUCGUGAGGCCGUUGUAUAAGCAGCUGAACAAGGUGAAUCGGGAGUUGGCUCUGGAGACUUUUGAGAAGGAUAAGGACUUCUAUCAUCCGAUUUGCCGACAGUUGUUGGAGAAGGAUUUGAAGGUGUGAGACGGACCCACGGUUCUACAAAAUGAGAAACGAAAGAAUUGAACGCUACUUUAUCCGUCACCUAUGUAGCCAAUCUCCAUCUCCUAUGAGAUAAGCAAAGAAGACAAAUAGCAAA